GCUAAGGAACCUUGUUUUACCAUUUCUUUAGGAUUUUUCUGGAUACCCAACCUCGGCAGAAACCCUAGCGUAAGGCCGAUAACGUCGCCGUUUUUGCUUGUCUUCUUCAAUCUCAUCACUGCGCCUCUAAAACCCCAUCAAUUGUUUAUAGAUUUGGUUGUUUAUCUCUUUACCCUUCUGUCGAACCUCGAUAGCUCUUCUCAAUGGCGGAGGAAGAAGUUAAUACGGAAAUAGUAUGCGAGAAAAGUGAGGUUUUUCAACCGUUGAAGGAAACAGAGCCGGAAGCGCAUGAAAAGCUUGAAGAAGUGACGGCGGUCGCUUCUGUUGAAGUUUCGGCGCCGGAUUCCUCGGAUCAGAAGAGGAAACUAGGGGAUCUGGAGCCUUGCGAGAACGAGGAGGCCCCGGCCAAAAAGCAACACAUCGACGUCUCGGAUUCGAUAUCAGAAAAUCCGGUCCCUGCAGAAGACGAAACCACGGUGGUGCUGGAGGCAGCGAAGCAGGAGAUUGAAGGCGGAGAAAACGACGGCUCAGCUGGGCAAACGGAAACUGAAGAACCACUUCCUGUUGAAGAUGCUGGGGCAUCAGAUGGAGCAUUAAUUAGUUCCGCUGUUGAUGGGAGUAUUGGUGAUGAGCAGCCGGGACAUGCUGGAGAGCUUGAUGAUGCAGGCCUCGGACAGGUGAAUUUAGAAGCUGACCCUGUAAGUAAUGGGCAAAUUUCAUCCAAUGAAAACUUCGAGCAAGCUUCCGUGGAUGAUAUGCAAAGAUCUUCACCCUCGGCUCCUCAUCAAGGCGGUUUUCCACAUCCUGGACAGCAAGAUUCCUUUGAUCCUUCAAUGUCUCGAAAAAUUGAAGUUCCUAACAAUAAGGUUGGUGUCCUCAUUGGCAAAGCUGGGGAGACUAUUAGGCAUCUGCAAAUAAAUUCUGGGGCAAGGAUUCAAAUAACAAGGGAUGGUGAUAAUGAUCCACAUUCUUCUUCAAGGCUUGUUGAGCUGACUGGUACUCUGGAAAACAUUAAUAAGGCGGAACAAUUGAUCAAAGAUGUUAUUGACGAGGCAAAUGCUGGCGGUUCCCCUGCACUAGUGGCUCGGGGGUUUAUUACUUCACAAUCUGGUGGAGAACAAAUAGAAAUACAAAUUCCAAGCGAUAAGGUUGGUAUGAUUAUUGGUAAAGGUGGCGAGACAAUCAAGAGCCUGCAAACAAAAACUGGUGCUCGGAUUCAGUUGUUACCACAAAAUCUUCCUAAUGGCGACACAUCAAAGGAGAGAACAGUGCGAGUAACUGGGAACGUAAAGCAAGUUGAAUCUGCAAGAGAAUUAAUCAAGGAUGUUAUGAACCAGAAGGUUCCCAUGCGAUCAUCGCAACGCUCCAAUACAUACAACAACCAGCACUCAUUUCGGCCUCCUCGUGGACCUGCACCAGUAACUCAAUGGGGCCCUCGUGGGGCAAAUCUAACUCAUCAGACAACUGGCUAUAAUCAUCAGCAGAGAGGUAUGCAUACACCUCAGACAGCACAACAUGGUAGUUAUUCCCAGCAUCAGGCCCCUCCAAGAGGCGGCUGGGAGCAGCAGAGGCCUGCAGCUGCCCCUUUGCAGACUGCUCCUCCAUCAUCUGGAGGCUAUGGUUACUAUAACCACCAAGGUGGUGGUCCUGUCCCUAACACCCAACCAUCAAACCCAUUGUCUGGACCCCUUUCUACCUCAACGCCUGCUCCUAUCAACUAUAACUAUGGUCAGUCACAGGCACCUGAUGGCUAUGGACAUCAAACACCUUAUUCACAGCCUCCACCUGCUCAGCCGAACUAUGGACAUGGCUAUAGUGAGCCCAACCUCUAUUCUCAACAGCCGCCUGUGGGCUCUCAGCCUGGAAUGUAUGGACAGCCAUCCGCUACACCUUCAUCAUACGGCCCACCUCGAGGUCCUCAGCCAGGAGACUUGAUGUAUCAAGGUCCUCCAAGUCAAUAUCCAUCAAAUUUGCCAAUGUCACAGCCAUAUCCAUAUGGUUCCAAUGCCCCCGCACAACAGGCUCCCCCGUAUGGCCAGUCCUACUCUGGUCAUGCAGACGGAGGAUACUCCCAGCAACCCUCCACAGUUUAUCCUCAACAUGGUGUUCAAAAUGCUCCUGGAUAUAGCCAAGCUGGUCAAGCAGCUCCUGCACCAUAUGCUCAGCAAGUAGUUCCUCAGUCUGGUGGUUACAGUCAGUACCCUUCAUCUCAGCCAACCUAUGGUGACCAGACAUCUCAGGCCAAUGUGAACUAUGGAUAUCAAGGAGGGGCUCCAGAUGCAGGAUAUGCAGCAAAUGUACCUAGCGCUGGUUAUGCAGUUCCACAACCUGCCAGCAACCAGCCAGUUUAUUCCCAGCCUCAAAUGAAUCCAUCUGGCUAUUACGAUCAGUCAAUGCCUCCGCAAUCGGGCCUUGGUGGUGCUCCUACUGCUCCAGCUGGUUAUGGAACCAAUGUUUCUCCACAGCCCGCAUAUGGUGGUCAGUAUGAUGCAACUCAGAUGUAUGGUGCGCACCAAUAAUGCUUUUUAACUAAUGUUUGUAGACUUGGACCUGAAUCAUCUAUUUGUAGCCACUUUAUAUCAGUAUCUAAUAUUUUCUUAAGUUUAGUGUUAUGCUGGUUUUGCAGUAUCAUGUGUACCAGCUGGAGUUGUAGUUGUCAACUGUUUGCGAUUCUGUUUAUUUGGACAAGUUGUUGUUUAAGAUAGGGAUUAUUUACUAGUAGAUCGCUUGAGUUUUAA